UAGUCGAAGGUGAAAGGUCACGCUGCUGUUUGGCGGCCAUUUCUCUGGAAGCUCCGCGUUUCCCGCCGGGCCGGAGCUACUCCAGUCACGAGGGACAGACUACACCUGGGUCGGCGGCGAGUUGCCUGCAGCAUUUGCUUGUAGUCGCGAUGAGUUUGCCUCUCAAUCCCAAACCUUUCCUGAAUGGAUUAACAGGAAAGCCAGUAAUGGUGAAACUUAAGUGGGGAAUGGAGUACAAAGGCUACCUGGUAUCUGUAGAUGGCUAUAUGAACAUGCAGCUUGCAAACACAGAAGAAUACAUAGAUGGAGCAUUGUCUGGACAUUUGGGUGAAGUUUUAAUAAGGUGUAAUAAUGUCCUUUAUAUCAGGGGUGUUGAAGAAGAAGAAGAAGACGGGGAAAUGAGAGAAUAGCAUCUUUUGUGGGGAAUUUUUUUAUAUAUAUUUCUAGACAAUAAACAUUUUUUUUUCAACUUGA